AUGAUUCACACUCUGAGUUGCGAUGACAUCCUUGGUUGCCCGCAUGAAGGGAAGAUUAACGCGGUGGCUGUGGAUGCCUGUGGCGGUGUGGACUCUCCGAUUCUUGAUUCGAAAUCUGUUGCGGAAUAUUUUUGUUACAAGCUCACCGGGCAAAUGCAUUGGCCACACACUGCCACAACCACGAAGACCAGCAGAUAUUUUGACAUGCGUGCCCGGAACUUUUCUUUCAUCUGGAUCGGCGUGGUCGAGGCUAUCUGGGAGCUGGCAAGGUUGUCCUUUUGCGGCAGGAAGACGUAUCAUGUUAUUCGCCUUCUCUGCUCCGAUGUGUUGGCGGAGUGUCCAGAAGGUGCUCGCGCAAUAGCAACUGCUUCGGUUCGAGCUCCUGGAGGUCGAUUGGAAAAAGAGGCAUUUGUGACAGCUCUCCUUGCUGCCAAGUCCGGCCAAUCGGCUACAUCAGAGGAUGUGCCGACUUUGCGCGUGAGGCUGUGCGACCUUUUCGAUUCUGCUGGUCACGACAGAUUCAGUCGAGGCAGGCAGCCUACUGUGGCCUCCCUCAGGCGUCAUGCACAGGAAGACAAGGCUCCCAACUCUGGUGUUGCCUUGGAGGCAUGGGCGUCGCAGCACUUUUUUGAGCAGCUCCGGGAAGCUGCCCCUUUGCCUCGAAAGCACCGGAAGCAGGCGGUUUGUCGACCAGGCAAGGAAGGCUGGAAACACGAUGUUUGCGAGUCCUGCGGUUGCUACUGCGAUGCAGGCGACGAUUGGAGCCAAAGGAGCUUCAACAAAAGCCAAUGCCCAAGCAGAGCAAGCGGCUGUCAGAGCUGGGCGGAGAGCCUUCGCAACCCUGCGGGUUGGCACUACUUUGACUUCGGCACAGAACCGCAUCUGCCACUGCGUCCUGUCGGACGGUGGAAAUCACCAUCAUCCACUGAAGAGCUGGUUGAUUGCAGGAGGUCAGAGGAUGCGGAAGUGCUGACUUCGAAGCCUGGCAGCCAGCUUGGGUCCAAAGUGACGCCAGCUCCUGGCAUGUUCAGUGCGCCAGGAGAAGCUUCCCGAAACAUGCUUGCUUGA